AUGGAUAAUAGCGGUUAUAACGAAUCGUCAUCUGUUAGCUAUUUGAAUUGCAAUGAAGGAAUUCAAUUCGAUGGUCGAUCAUAUGCACUUUUUGAUCCGAACUUUAAAAUUUAUGAAGCAUUCAGUAUAAAUUUCCAAUUGAGAACAUUUGCUCAUGAUGGUCUCAUUCUAUGGAUUGAUGAUCCUCUGCCGGAAUCGAGUUUCACAAUUGAAAUUCAAAAUCGACAACUUAUAGCUCGAGCCGUUGUCGAUGGUCAACCCUUUAGUGUUCGUACGGAUUUCACAAAAAAUCGUUUAUGCGAUGGCGUAUGGCAUUGUGUUCAAGUACGUCUCGAAGGCAGUUUACUUUCGAUGAAAGUCGAUAUGCGACAAUACUGUAAGACCGAACCACGUGCUCAUUCAAUCGAUAUGCGCGGUCCACUGUUCAUUGCUGGUUAUUCAGAAAAAUAUUCACCAACAUAUUUAUCGGUUCGAUCAAAUGACUUUUUUCAAGGGCAUUUACGAAACUUAAAAAUUAACGAAAAACAAAUCGAAUGGCUUGCACCACGUCUUACGGCUGCUGCACGUCAAUUUUAUCAUAUAAGCUCGCAGAUCAUAUCAACAAACGCUGAGCAAUCGUUUUUAAAUGCACCAGCUUUCAAUAAAUCUUUUAUUGAAACAGCAUGA